GAUUCACACACUUCAUCGUUCAUGCAUGGCUGCCAGACAGCCAGAGCCCUCUCUCUGCUUCUGCCCAGCAACCCAGCGUUAGUGGUUGCGUCUGCUUAAACUUCUGCUCUGCUAGCCCGUAAUAAUAAACACUCGUUAUCGCCCGCUACAACCAUCAGUACUUAUUACUUCAUGCGCCUCUCUCCUUGUCCAUCUCCGAGCCCAAGGCCACUCCCUCCUCCCCUCAUUUACCAGACAAGACCAUCUACAUAAUCUGAUCAUCGUCAUCUUCUCCAUCACCAGUCGCAAAAGUGCUCCUGCAUCCUGCCCUGCCUUACAAUCUCCGUCUCCUGUAUCCGACCGUCGCGGCUUACUGCUGGAUUCGGUACUGUGAUCCUGACCAGCCCCCGGCGCCCGCAGCCCCAAACUCAACCCAACACACGACUCACGGAGCUUCAAUUCCCACUGUGACGAGCAAUCUCCACUUCUUGUCGCCCACCCAGCUAGCUGCCUGCUCCCCCGGCCUCAGCUCACCGGCUCACCGGACGGACCACCUCCCAAACGAGCAGCCUGUGCAAUUUUAUAAACGGGUCUUCACCUCUCGGCCCCCAGGGCCAUCUUGGCUCUUCCUUCCUCUGCAACCGUUCUCAUUGCAUUUGCAACGGGACACAGAUUUCUCAUCCCAACUCACCACCUUCCGGUCUAUUCGGCCUGAUUGUGCAAGAUCUCUGGAGUCAUGUUCGACCGUGGCAGACCCAAGGAAUCGGGGCCGUCUUCUCCCGACAAGAAGCCGGCCUCCUCCCAGGGCAGCCACAUGAACAAUGAGCAGUUCGCUGCGUACCUCAGAGAUCUUCGCAACAAUCGUGUCCAGAGGCCUGGUGGUGCAAGGCCUCAACCCCCAGGAUCGAGCCGGGCAGACUCUUUUCGCCAGUCGAUUGACGGCCGCCCUUCACUGGGUGCAGCUGCUCGUUCAUCAUUCGGCUCGACUGCUCGGUCUUCCACUGGAACGCCACCCCCGCUGUCUGAGCCAUCGCCAGCUCUUUCUCAGUCCUACUCGCCUCCAAAGGUGGACCACCGGGACUUCUCUUCCAGGCCCAGCCUUGCUCCCAGCGUGGGAUCCAGAUACUCGACCACGAGUGGACAAGGCCGGGACUACUACCCCGACAAGCCAGUAGCUCCGCUGAGGCCUGGACAGGUCGUCCCCAGUUCCACCUACAUCGAGAGGGGCCAGAGAUGGAUGGAGAAAGAAGAGGCUGUUUCGCUCAGGCAGGCUAUGGAAGACAAGGCUGCUAGGGACAGCCCUCCGCCAACCUCACCUACCUCGGACGACGGCCGGCUCUACGAGGCUGCCUUGGAUGAGGCAUCUGAGCUCGUGUGGCAGCACCAGCACGGUGUCAAGCCACCAGAGCCGGGGACCCCAUACAGAUACAAACCACACAUGCGCAGGCAGAGCUAUGCACACGCUCGUACUGCCAGUGCUGGCAUGUACGGCGACGAGAUCGAACCGAGCGGCCUCGCACGAGACCACUCCACACGAUCCAUGUCAGGUAGUUCUAGCUCCAGCGACGGCUUUGGCUCGUCCCGCAGUCGUCUGUCCUAUGCAUCUAUGAGCGGUCCCCGGAAAAGCCCCAGCCCCCCUGCGCAGUCACGGUCUGCAUCGCCACCUAAAGUGUCUAAGCCGUACACGGGCUUGUCUAGCACCUCACGCGGUUCCCUCGCUCAACGGAGGCGCAGCAGCACCAAGCGCAGUGGCAGUGGCGGCAGGCCUUUCUCGGGCGACCAGAUCUGGGAAGAGCCUGAGGGUGCUUCAAGCAAGAGGACAUCAUCGCCGACCAAGGAUGAGCCUGCCGCUGUUGAUGCCCUACGGACGAAGCCCAAGGGCCCGCUCAACCGCGUCUCGUUCGCCCCCGAGAGACCAUCAUCCUCUGACUCCCAGGCACAGCCCGCGCCCAAGCUGCACAAGUUCGAGAUCCACCGCAACCCACCGUCACAGUCUCGAGACCCGCAGUACACUUCGAACUCGCCGGCUCAGAGCCCCGUUCGCGAAGAUGUGCCAAAGAAGCAUGGUGUGGAGCUCAGAAGUGAAGAGAUUCGCCAGGCAACCUCUAUGAGGCUGAAGGAUCGCAGUCCCAAACUCCCCACCCCAACUGCUGUGAGCGACCGUCUGGGACGACCCAUCGUAAGCUUUGACAAAAACUGGAAGGCUCCGGACGAGGCAACUGAUGAGAAGCCAGACACCACAAAAGGUCGUCCGCUCGGGGCCUUCCAGGCCCGACAAGACCACCGCCGCCUCCCAGAAACCCCGCCGAUCCCUUCUAUCGCUGUUGCGGAGACUCGCGAGCCGCCGGCGUUCCCGAAGCCACGCGGUCGCCCCUUACCCUCUAUCCAGGUAGACGGUUCCGGGGCGAAGCCAAGCCAACCGAUCCCCAGCAUCGCCGUAAACGAUGCCAAGCCAUCAAUCCCAACCAUCGCUGUCAGCGACGGAAGCCCGGCAGUCCCGUCUAUCGUGCUUCCUGGCGAUGACAAUGGUGACGACAACAGCCCCAGCGUUCCUAUCAUCGUGACCCCUGACGACCCCACAAACCAGCCCACCAGCAAACCCACCAGCCGCCCACUCCCGACCCCACAAAAGAACGCCCCACGAAUCCGCCACGGUGGAAGGCCGCAAACGCACUGGUCUCCAUCUCCUGGGAGCCAGGCUGGCCAUCGGGCCACAGCCCGCUGUCAUGAGUGCAAUUACCCCAUCGAGGGGCGUUUCGUUGCCCUCGCGGGUACCAGUGAGCGGUUCCACCCACAAUGCUUCACUUGCUACUCCUGUGGCACCUCGCUGGAGGCGCUUGAAAUCAGCCCCGAGCCUGAUGCUAGCCGUGCUGCCCGAUUGGAUCGCAUCCGCCGUCGAGCUGCAGGGGAGGCCCUAGAGGAGAAGCCUGGAGAGACAAUGGCCGAGGACGGUGAUGAGCGUCUUAGGUUCUAUUGUCAUCUCGAUUGGCACGAGCUCUUCGCUCCCCGAUGCAAGCACUGCACAACCCCAAUCCUUGGCGAACACAUCGUUGCACUCGGAGAGCAUUGGCACUACGGGCACUUCUUCUGUGCCGAGUGUGGCGACCCCUUCGAACAAGGGAUGACGCAUAUCGAGAAGGACGGCUACGCAUGGUGCAUCAACUGUCAGACAAAGCGCACGGAGCGACGAGCUCCCAAAUGCAGGAAAUGCAGCAAGGCUGUCAUCGGGCAGUACAUUCGGGCUUUGGGCGGGGAGUGGCAUGACGAAUGUUUCCGGUGUGCCACAUGCCAGAACGGCUUCGACGAUGGGCAAAUCUUCCCCAAGGACAUCGGGAACGACAUGAUGCUGGUGCUCUGCACAAGGUGCCGUCAGAGGGAGCUCAAGGGCUAGGAGCCUGGACGUCCAUUCAUCUGAUGACGGUGGCAAGGGUCGUUUGCACGAUUUAGUGUGAUCGAGGGUGGUGACAAGGUAAGUGGGAUCUACCUGCCAGCUCUUCUUCGCAGGAGGAUGGUACGGUAGAACCAUGCUUACGAAGGUUUAUGCGCGAUGUGCCCUGCGGGCUUUGAUUGCAUUGCUUUUGGAUCAGUUUGGAGUUCGGUCUGCUUUUGAUCUUCCAGGGGAAACGAAACCAGAAUGCGUGCUUGCUUGCUUGCUUGCUUGCUUUCGGUUUAAUUCGACGGGCUCUGGCCUGCCUCAUGUUGUCCGGACACACUGUACAAAUAUUUGGGCUUCGAGCAUCGGUUUGCGUGCAUACUGCAUUUGAUCUGGCUAGAGCGAGCCAGCUGGAGACUUAAUUCGAAACAACACAUUGCUUUUCCCAC